AUGGCUCCUCAAACUAUGGCAGAGAAGGCCAAGGCCAAGCUGCAGGCUGUUCUUGAAGACCCUAAUAGAAACGAUGCCACCUCUUACAAGCAAAGAGUAAUGACUACAACGACACCCGCGACCGGCUCUGACUGGACCAAUACUUGGGUACGACGAAGUAGCAACGAUCGUCGAGCUAGUGUUGGUAGUGACGGCUCAAGCGGAUCGCCUGUCCGACGUAGGUCGAGUUUUCAAGAGUGGCUGUAUCCUUCUGCUCGUUAA